ACACAGACUCACGGCUUCAGUCCACGCAGACUGUCCAAACACAGCACGAGGCAGGGUUCACUUCAGUCCGGAGAAACCUUCAGAGCUGCGGCUCAGCACCGUCGCCAGGCCAACGCUCAACGCUUCCGCCAAAGUCACGUGACUUUCCUCUGCGGUGUCACGCAACUGCAGCGCUGCGGGGACGGCAAGCCAAAGGGGUCAAUAUUGACCUGGAAAAGCGCCUGCUGUUGGUGAGCUUUCUGAGCUGGAAUUGAGAUGUGAUCUUCUCCCGCAGACCUCAGAGCUUCUAUGUUUGGCGGAUGAAGCCUUUCAAUCUGCAGCAAAUGUAGAAAGGACACCCUUGUUGAAGUCUUCAUCCUGAAAGGGCAUCUGUCUGAAGGUCCUGGAUUUGUUUCUCCAGCGCUUGGCCCAUGGAUACCACAAGUCACUUAAAUUCCUAAAAUUUCUGGCCCUAAAGACCCUUUUUCAAGGCUAAUUGUAACUGUCUUGGCCUGGAUGGGGAUGCUCUCUUUAAAAAUAUCCGUGACCAGGUCUUUUUGUUUUAAAUAAGUAACCUGACAAGAGAGAGUCCCAUGAACAGCUCUGCUGGAAGGCCAACAACGUCAACAUGAGUAGUACUUUGGGCAAAGAAAAAGAUUCAAAGGAAAAGGACCCCAAAAGUGGUCCUGCAGGUAAAGAAAGGGAAAAGGAGGCCAAGGCUUUGGCCAACUUAGUCAAAGACAGUGGAAAAGAAACAAAGACCAAAGGGAAAGAUGCCAAAGAAGGAAAGAAGGACACGAGCAGCUCAACACAGGGCGUUGCCUUUCAUGUUGACAAUACGAUAAAGAGGCCAAACCCAACACAAGGUACACGCAAGAAGUCCAGCAACGCAGAAGUUAUCAAAGAGCUUAACAAGUGUCGAGAGGAGAACUCCAUGAGACUGGACCUGUCAAAGCGCUCAAUUCACAUGCUUCCCACCUCCAUUAAAGAGUUAAAUCAGUUGGCAGAACUCUAUUUAUACAGCAACAAGCUACAGAGCCUGCCAGCAGAGGUAGGUUGCUUAUCAGGCCUGGUCACAUUGGCCCUCAGUGAGAACUCCUUGACCAGUCUGCCUGAUUCACUGGACUCCCUGAAGAAGCUGAAAAUGCUCGACCUCCGACACAACAAGCUCAGAGAGAUACCUGCCGUCGUGUACCGCUUGGCAUCACUGACCACGCUGUACCUGCGUUUUAACCGCAUCACAACCGUGGAGAAGGACAUCCGAAACCUGUCCAAGCUCACCAUGCUCAGCAUCCGAGAGAACAAGAUCAAACAGCUGCCUGCAGAGAUAGGGGAGCUAUGCAGUCUCAUUACUUUGGAUGUUGCCCAUAAUCAGUUGGAACAUCUACCCAAGGAGAUUGGAAAUUGCACGCAGAUAACCAACCUUGACUUGCAGCACAAUGAGCUUUUGGACCUCCCAGAAACAAUAGGCAAUUUGGCGAGCAUAAAUCGCUUAGGGCUACGAUAUAACAGAUUGUCAGCCAUCCCAAGAUCUUUAGCCAAAUGCCGAGAACUGGAGGAGUUAAACCUGGAAAACAACAACAUCUCAGUGUUGCCAGAGGGUCUUCUGUCAAGUUUGGUUAACCUGACCAGUCUAACACUGGCAAGGAACUGCUUUCAGUCUUACCCUGUGGGCGGGCCAUCGCAGUUCUCCACCAUCUACUCCCUCAACAUGGAGCACAACCAUAUCAACAAGAUCCCAUUUGGCAUCUUCUCAAGGGCCAAAGUGUUAAGCAAGCUUAACAUGAAGGACAACCAGUUAACAUCUCUCCCACUGGAUUUUGGCACAUGGACCAGCAUGGUUGAACUUAACCUUGCCACCAAUCAGCUGGCUAAGAUCCCAGAAGAUGUCGGCGGGCUGGUUUCCCUGGAGGUGUUGAUAUUGUCCAAUAAUCUCCUUAAGAAGUUACCACAUGGUAUUGGGAAUCUGAGAAAGCUGCGAGAGCUCGAUUUGGAGGAAAACAAAUUGGAAUGUCUGCCAAAUGAAAUCGCUUACCUGAAAGACUUGCAGAAACUGGUUCUGACAAAUAAUCAGCUGGCCACGUUACCCAGAGGGAUUGGCCACCUCAUCAACCUGACUCACCUGGGUUUGGGGGAGAACCUGCUGCAGCACCUUCCUGAGGAGAUUGGAACACUGGAGAACUUGGAGGAACUGUACCUCAACGACAACCCCAACCUCCACAGCCUCCCGUUCGAGCUGGCUCUGUGCAGCAAGCUGGCCAUCAUGAGCAUUGAGAACUGCCCCCUCACCCACCUGCCGGCUCAGAUUGUGGCAGGAGGACCUUCCUUCAUCAUCCAGUUCCUCAAGAUGCAGGGACCAUACCGUGCCAUGGUCUGAGCGCAGAGCAGCUGAACGCCAGUCCGCGCCGCCUUGCUGCCGUCUGUCCCGUGUAUCACAGACUGCGACGUGUCAGGGCCAUGGCGAGGGGGGGUCGAUGAGGCCGACGUCUCCUCAGGGAGAAAGGAUGCAGAUCGUUGGAGCUUCACCAUCACUUCAGGAGCCCGCCCACCAAACCCUGCUCAUUCUUCAUUCCGAACUUGACCAGUGGAACACGUUUGCCAAAACAGAGGAUCUAGGAUGUUUUAUAUAUAGAGAUAUAUACCUGUAUAUAUAUAUCUAUACAUAUAAAACGGAAUAACUGUGAGCUGCGAGGCAAGUCUUUCAACCUUCUAAACUGUGCUCCCAUUGCCAAUGUAUUUACAGUAAUUACAGCAUAUACUAUGUGAGCAAGGAUACAAUUGUAUGCAAAAACAAAAAGUCUUUGGAACUUCUCAUUCACUGCUGCUGCCGUACUUUUAAACCUUAUCAUUUGUCAGAUUUUCUUUAAGGAUUUCCUUUUUUUUUACACAAUCUAUACGUGGUCGUGACUUCUGUUAAUUGCUACUUUGACCAUAGUGAACAAAGUUUUAACAAUGUUUUACUUAACAGUUUGUUUUCUUUUGAACGUUUUUUUUAAAGAUGUGCCUAAGUUUAGAGUGAUCCAGUGGGUUAUUUCUAAACACAUUUUCUCCAUGGAAAUACAAAGAUAUAAAUUAUUUCAAGGGUUUUUUUCUCACUGGUGUUUGUACUUUUUAUUUGUUUUUCUUGUUAUUGCUUUUGUUUUCUUCCUUCUUUUUUAGGAUAAGUGUUGCAUUAAUUUCUCGUGAACAUAAUAUCAGUUGUAAAAUAUAAUAAAUAGAGAUCCUUUUUACCAGAUAGCAGCAGUAGUUGUACAACAAUGAGUUAGUCAUGUAAACUUGUAAGAAAUGCCAAUCAUUCAUGCCUGAGGAGGAAAGCAGCUUGGAUGUUUUUUUCUUCCACCAAUGCAAGUGGUAAUGUGGCGCCCUCUAUAUUGAUUGUGAUGAACAACAACAAAAAAAUCAACAAAAAAAACUGCGGGAGGGAGUCAUGGGAAUGGGGAUAAAUUAUAGAUGUUUUUAUAUAUGUAUGCAAUUUCUGGUUGUUGCCUUGAGUGCAAUUUUUAGUUCUGUUUACUGGUUUGAUAUUAUCUCCAGUGUUGGGCCUCUUAGCUGUCAUCCAGUUGAUCAUUGACCAACAUAUCAAGUGUUUUUAAAGACAUUUUUUGAGUCUCUGGAGCAAAGUGUAUGGGAGCUUCAAAAAUAGUUCAUAAUAAAACCUUGACGGGUAACUCCUCCUUGA